CGGGCCGCAAGGAUUUUGGUUCCUUGUCCCACCGAAACUGAGCAAUGCAUGCUGGGGCUUGUAGUUCUUACUGCUCCUUUCCUUAGGACCUCUGCGCUACACCUUCCGGUCCCGCCUAUUUUAUGCUACCCUGAACAGUUUAAGUUUCUCUUGGCCCAUUUGAAAACCAGGAAGUUUUUAAGUUCUGAGACCAGCUGUUGAAAGACGGUGGCUCACUUGGGACAGUCGCCAGGGAUGGCGGAUCCUGAGAAUGGAGCGGUUGUCCGGGCUGCUCUCUUGGACGCUGAGCAGAAUCUUGUGGCUCUCGGGUCCCUCUGAACAGAGAGCUGCUCGGCAGCCCCGGAUCAUGGAAGAGAAAGCGCUAGAGGUUUAUGAUUUGAUUCGAACUAUCCGGGACCCAGAGAAGCCUAAUACUUUGGAAGAACUGGAAGUGGUAACAGAGAGUUGUGUGGAAGUCCAGGAGAUCAAUGAAGACGACUAUUUGGUUAUUAUCAGAUUCACGCCAACAGUACCUCAUUGCUCUUUAGCAACUCUUAUUGGACUGUGCUUAAGAGUAAAACUUCAGCGGUGUUUACCAUUUAAACAUAAGUUGGAAAUCUACAUUUCUGAAGGAACCCACUCAACAGAAGAAGACAUCAACAAGCAGAUUAACGACAAAGAGCGAGUGGCAGCUGCAAUGGAGAACCCCAACUUGCGUGAAAUUGUGGAACAGUGCGUCCUUGAACCUGAUUAAUAACAGCCAUUGAACUGUAAUUAUUUGAUUUGUUUGUUUAAAUUCUUUAUAAAAUAUAAAAGACUCAUGUUUAAUACCUAGGUGAUUUGUACCUCAGAAGAUUUUUUUUUAAAGGAUUAUUUCUAAGCAAGAUUUAAUUAUAGGGUAGUACCUAGUUUGUUCAGUGGAUAACAUUCUCAGGAUUUGUAACACUUCAGUGAUCAGACAGAGAAAUAUUUUCUAGUUAUUAUGUAAAAUGAGUUGAUAUUUUUCUGAUGUUCAUUCUGAUACAACUACUUUUCAUGUCAGAUAUCUACUGUGCCCAAAUGUAUCCAAUUAAAAUCAUUAUUCUGUAAAAUACGAAUAAACCGAGAUGAUUCUUGUAAUGA